GGAAAAGUUUUGAAACCCCACCCUCCGGCACAGCGGCUGCAAGCAGCGACGUUGGAGUGGUCCGAGGUGCUGGCAGCUGGAGGCUGACCGAGGAAGAGGAACGGAGUAAGAACUUCUCACGGAACAGUUCCGCAGUCUGGACACCGUCGUUAUGAAGCGGAGCCCCGAAGAGACCCGGACUCGGCGCUGAACUCCCAACAAGAACUAAAGUUAACGGGAAUAGUUUGUUUUUCUUUCUUUCGGGUUUUUCCCCCCCCUCCUCAGGACUGAAAAGCCAAGCAGGUUUGGAGAACUCUUCCUGUUCCCAGAGUCGGCGGCUCGCAGUUUAUGUAUGAGCUCCUUCAUAACACAGCCAGCAUGGAUGUUGUGGCGCACGGGAAUGCGGGAUUUCCUGAGCGGUCACCGCAGUGUUGCGUUCAGGUGCACUUUCUGGGUCCUCGGGCUUAAAUAAUGAACAGUGGUCAGCGCUUGAAACUUGUCGUAAAACACUGGCUGGCUGGACUGAAUGCUCCUUUUCCUGCUAUUCUUCUCCUCCUCUCAGCGCUUCCUGCUUAUGGUGGCCACUGCUCUUAACGGCUAAAAAUACAUAAAAACCGAAUAUGGACUACCAAGUGUGUGGGAAAUGUUGAUUUGGACUUUUAUCUGUAAGCGGGAUAAUUCCUGAACAUUAAUUUUGAACUUUGACUCUUCGGACUUGCUGCUCAACAGGUGGUUGUUCUGAGUGAGGAGGGGAAAGGAGGACAAAUUCAGUCAUAAUGAGUUGAUUCCAGAGUCUUUUAAACACAGGAUGAUGAGAUGAUAAUCUACUCAAACCAUGUGCGGGGAAACCACACACCACAUCAAUCUUUCAGAGAGUUAAUCACUGCUGUCUUUUAGAGAUUUGAUAAAUGCUACGAAAAGCAAACCGUCUGAGGACUGCUGAAAUGGAAAGAUUUGAGUUUAAUCCCAGAACAAAUGGAAGACAUUUGGCUUUCAUUUGUCCCUGAAUCCUCUUCUGUAGCCCACCUGUUGGUCUGACUUUUGAACACACCUCAUUGGUCCCUGAUGAGACAACAACAAAGACAGGAAAGGGAGCAAGGUGCAAUAAAGUACUCCUUUGUACUUUAUUUUCAGACCCCUGGAGUGCGCAGUCGAAUCCAGUCAGGCAAUAUAGUGGAGGUUCCAUGGAGCCGCUGAAGAGCAUAUUCAGUCGUAGCUCGCUGUCGAACUGGAAGAACUUGGAUCAGUCCCAAAAAGGGAACUUCACCAACCCUGUAUGGACGGCCUUGUUCGACUAUGAGGCCUCCUGUAAAGACGAGCUCACCUUGCGUAAAGGUGACCUGGUGGAGGUUCUCUCUCAGGACUCUGAGAUAUCUGGGGAUGAGGGUUGGUGGGCAGGGAAGGUCAACAACAAGGUGGGCAUCUUCCCAUCCAACUACGGCUCCUUCAAGCCUAGUGGAUAUGCCAAGCUACCAGGUACCAGCGUGGUGGAGGAGCUAAACCAUGCCGUGGUUGGCACCGUCGAUCCCGCGGAGGUGGAUUUCCGGGAGCUGAGCUUGGAGGAGGUGAUUGGGGUUGGGGGCUUCGGGAAAGUGUAUCGAGGUACAUGGCGGGGCGAGCUGGUGGCCGUGAAGGCGGCCCGGCAAGACCCGGACGAGGACAUCAGCGUGACGGCGCAGAAUGUGAAGCAGGAAGCCCAUUUGUUUGCCAUGCUCACCCACCAGAACAUCAUCGCCCUGAAGGGGGUGUGCUUGCAGGAGCCCAACCUAUGCCUCAUUAUGGAAUAUGCCUCGGGUGGGCCACUGAGCCGGGCACUGGCCGGCCGCCGCAUCCCGCCUCACGUCCUGGUCAACUGGGCCGUGCAGAUAGCAAGAGGGAUGGUGUACCUGCACAAUGAAGCCAUCGUCCCUGUCAUCCAUCGGGAUCUGAAGUCCAACAACAUCCUGCUGGCUCAGCCCAUAGAGAAUGAAUGCAUGGAGGGGCUGACGUUGAAGAUCACUGACUUUGGCCUGGCGAGGGAGUGGCACAAGACCACAAAGAUGAGCACGGCCGGAACCUACGCCUGGAUGGCCCCGGAGGUCAUCAAGUCCUCGACCUUCUCCAAGGGCAGCGAUGUUUGGAGCUACGGUGUCCUGCUGUGGGAGCUGCUAACUGGGGAGGCCCCCUACAAAGGGAUCGAUGGUCUUGCCGUCGCCUACGGAGUCGCCGUCAACAAGCUGACCCUGCCCAUCCCUUCCACCUGCCCCGAACCCUUCGCUCAGCUCAUGUCAGAAUGCUGGGACCAGGACCCUCACCGACGGCCCGACUUCGCCUCCAUCCUGACGCAGCUGACCACCCUGGAGCAGCAGGUGAAGGAGGAGAUGCCGCAGGAGUCGUUUCACUCGCUGCAGGAUGACUGGAAGCUGGAGAUCCAGGACAUGUUUGACGAGCUGCGGGCCAAAGAGAAGGAGCUGCGGUGCCGCGAAGAGGAGCUGAAGCGAGCGGCCCUGGAGCAGAAGUCCCACGAAGAGUUCCUGCGGCAGCGCGAGCAGCAGCUGGCCCAGUGGGAGCAGGACGUGUUCGAGCGCGAGCUCAGCCUCCUCAUCCUCCACCUGAACCAGAACCAGGAGAAACCAAACGUCAAGAAGCGCAAGGGCACCUUCAAGAAGCACAAGCUCAAGAGCAAGAACGGCGAGAAGAUCAGCAUGCCACAAGAUUUCAUCCAUAAAAUUACAGUGCAGGCAUCCCCAGGCCUGGAAAAGAGGCGGAACUCUCCAGAUUUGGGUUCGGGCUCCUCGCCGUCCUUCGGCCCACGGUUUCGUGCAAUCCAACUCAGUCCCAGCGACAGCAGGGCGUUUUGUCUGACCCCGGUCCGGUCAUUAGAGACCCCGUCUCACAAGCAGUCCAACGGAGACCUGAGGCUGAACCCACCCUGGAGGCCCCAGAGCCCAAAGAGUCCCAAAAGCCCCAAGGUUCUGCGGCUCAGUCCUCAGGAAAGCAGUUUAUCGAUGAGGGCCAAGCUGCUGGGGUCGGACAGCAACGAGAACGGAGACGCCAUGGACGACUUCGAGGAGUACUGCCCCCCCACGCCGACCUUGGCCUCCACUCAGAACGGCUCCUCGUCAAAGGACAGCCUCCGCCUUCCCCCCUCCCAGGGAGACUCUGGCAGCGAGGAGGGGGGCUACUCCCCGGCCGGCUCCCCCAUGCCCGAGAGGGGGUUCCUCGGCGGCGCUGUCAAGAAUACGCACCGAGUAUUGCUAGGCUGUGUCUCCCUCUUGUCCUCCGUGGCGCUGGGUCGGGGCUUGGACUUCCCCCCCAGGGUUCCCCCUCGAACUAACCCCCCAGCCUCGGAGGAACGCUCCUCCUUCGAGCUGGAGAUCUCCUCCCCCAGGCCGCUCAUAACCGACCCCCCCGUGGUGGACGACCUCAUCACCUUCUCCACGUCUGAGCCGCUCCCCAAGCCACUGCUGGAUUUAGCCCUGCAGUACCAGGAGCUAAAGCCGUUGCCCCUGACGCCACCACCGCCCAACCCUCGCGAAAGGUCCGGCCCCCGGACGCCGCAGACGCACCACAGCAGCCCUCCGAGUCCGGGGACCCCACUGCAGCAGGACGGCGCCGUCCCGGCGGACUGGACCGCUAGUUCUGGUUCCAGCAAUGGAGAGCUGAGCAGCGAGGCCUCGGAGAACCGACCCGACCGCAGGAGGAGGUCCAGCUACGCCUCCCAGCUGGUUUUAGAUCUCCCCCUAUGCCAAGACACACUGGACUUUGAGGACAAGACCUCCGUACCCUACGCUCUCCACCCCAACCCAGCGCUAUGGAGCCCCAAAACCCGCCGUCUAGAGGUCAGCGUCAUCCCCCGGCCACGCCCGUCUCCCAUCCGGCCCCGCAUCGACCCUUGGAGCUUCAUCUCGGCGGGUGGCGCCAUCUCAGCAGGCGGCCGCAGCCCCAUCCGCUCAGACAGCCACGCCCUGGGCUACCAGCCCUCGCCCACCAACCCCUUCACCAGCUGCGACCCUUUCCCCUCUCCAGACUGCGACCCCUUCGCCCUCAAGGCGGACCCUUCCAGCAGCUCCGACGGUGCGCCACCCUUCGACCCGUUCUCCACUCCGUUCCCGACCUCCCGAUCCGCCCCGUGCUCCACCAACGGCUCGCCCACUCUGCCCUCGUUCCGCAUCGCACCCAUCAACCCGGCGGACCCGGCCUUCAUGGACCUGGGCUGGGCGGCCUGCGGCAAGCCUCUGGACGUGACCAAAGAGAGAGCCCACCCCCGCAGGACGCUGGGGCUCAAGCCCUUCAAGUCGCCAACGCAACUCAGAGACGAUCGCUUCUGAAUCCAAAUCUCUUUCCCAGUCGUGGAUUAUAUGGAAUGCAUCCCAGCAAUACCUGAGCGAGGUUGACCCCGCCCCCAACUCCUUCAAAUUGAUUGCAAUUGGUGUCAAACAUUUGUGCUACGUUUGUGCAGCUCAAAUUUGAAUUGAUGUUAAUAAAUGUUUCUGGAGGUCAUCAAAGGUCAAUCAGCCAUUCCAGAUUUACAAAAUCAAACCAAAUGCGGUGUCUCAAACCAUUUGUGCUCGCUUUUGCAGCACAAAUUUUUGUUAGUGCCGCUAUAAUUUUUAAGAUUUAAAAAAAAAAAAGUUUCCGAAGAUCGACCUGCCCCUACCACCUCCGCACUAACAAAAUCUAACUGUACUGACAUAAAUGAAUUGUGCUAUGUGUUUGUGCAGCUAAAAUUUUAGUAGCACCAAAUUUGACAGAAUCUUUUUGAUAUUAAAAGUGUGAGGGCAGGGGCCGGGGGAACCUUUUGAUGACCUCAGAAUGUAUCUGGGAACAUUUGCUGUUAAUUCGGUGGGAGACGUCUGGUGACCUAGAAAUCUUAAAAAUCAUAGCGGCACAAACAGAAAUUAAUGCCGCACAAAUGGAACCCAGUCGACUGAAACCAUUAUGUUGUUUGAUUUUGUAAAUGUGGAGUAGCUGGUCGACUUUGUUGGCCUCUGGAAACAUUUAGUAAUAUCUUUAAAAUGAUGCCGGCACAAAUGAAGAUUUUUGCAGCACAAACGUUUGACACCAAUUUUGUUUAAUUUGAAGAAGGUGGUGGUUGCUGGGCAACUUCAAUCAGGUGCCAGUGCAAUUCAGUCCAGGACCAUUUUCACUACUGUUUUUUUUUUUUUUUUUGUUUAGGUUUUUUUUUGUUUUUUUUGUUGGGACGAAAACUUGGAACCUUUCAAAUUAAAAUCCCACUGAGGGUAGCAGUUCUUCUGAGGGAAGUAGUUCUUCUUUCUACCCCAGCCUGGUGCUUUGGAAAGCAGAAAGCCAGGGGAAAAGGUGAUACAAUGGAUUGUGGGAUAUCUUCCUGUGAACCAACGGCUGGUGCCAAUUUCAUUUUCCUUUGUUAUUUUUCUUCCCCGGGUCUCGUCUGUGUUACUGCUGUCCCUUUGAAGGAGCAGAAUCCAGAUCGGCAGCCUCAUCUUGAUAUUCUGUCAUCCUGCUCCUAUCAGCUGCUUUCAUCUCCCCCCUCUGCUUUGAAGCCUUGUGACAAUGCAGAGGUGGAUCAGGCCAUUUUUUUUUUUUCUUUUACAGCUUCAUCCUACAGACUGAAAGCAGUCAGGACAAUGAAAGAAAAUUGGAGUGCCUUAUUUUGUGAAGUGUUUUUAAUAUAUAUAUAUCUAUCUAUAUCUCUUAAAGGUUCCCCUGAACCGUUUAGCCGGUGCCUUAGACAAGAUUUGACCUAAAUUUUCAGAUUGUGUAAGAAAAGAUGAAAUAAGAAGAGAAAAUCAAAUGCUUGUGAGUGUGCAUCUGUGUCUCAUUGUUAGAAGAAAGCUUUUUAAAAAAUUUUUUUUAUAGUUUUGUUACUUUAUGGGAGAAUCCACUCGGUAGAUAUUCUAGGCCGCUCGUGAAAUCCAAGACGAAAACCGCGACCUGGGCGUAGCUCCCCCCUUCCUCCCCUCCAGAAGUAGAAAGCAUUCCAGUCACAUUCCUCGGGAAAUGCCAGGGAUUGGACGGAUCCACUGGGCUGGCAGGCGACGCGGCGGCACAGGAAGCGGGACGGGGAGCCCUCCGUCCCCCCCCCCAACCCCUCCUUUCUCCUGCCAAAGAAUGCCGCCCAGCGCUCGGACAAAAGGUGCUUACAAAUAAGCGGUUUUGGGCUCAGCGCUGCGCCGGGCGGAGGCAGCAGGGAUUCACAUGCAGAGCGGCGCGCAGAGGCGUUGGUGGGAACACAAAUACAUUUUAUUAUUAUGGGAGUUAAAUGAUAUUCUCCAUAGAACUUGCUAAAUGCUCGAAGGCUUCAUUUGAAGAACGUCUGCAGUUUUCCCAGAAUCUGAAUCCGGUUCAGAGAACGUCAUGCUGGUGCAGUUCUCAGUUUAAAGACGUUCUGGGUGCAGCUCUUAGGAAGAUUUUCCAAGUAAGACAGCUCAGCUCCUGCCGAGGGUUUUACAUUUUAAUUCACUUUUCACGUUUUUUCACUGGAAAGCAGCUACAUGACUUAUUCUGGCAUUCUGUAGAGAAAAAAAACAAAACAUAUUUGAUUUUGACACAUUGCGAAAUUCUCUCCGCUGCUGCUUCUGUAAGGGAAAAGAACAGAUCUGAGUGAAGGUUUUGUGAUUAGAGUCAAAAUUCUGAAUUCUAAGAAAAAAGUCAGAAUUCUGAGAUUUGAGUGAAAAUCCUGAUUUAAAGUGGACAUUUUGAGUUCAACGUCCGAAUUUUGAGAUUAAUGUCUGAAUUCUUCCUUUUUCCAAUUUUUGAUUUGAAAAAAUGUCGUGUUUUAAGAAAAAAAAUAAUAAAUCAAAGUUCUGAGAUUUGAGUCAGUUCUGCAAAAGUCAGAGUUGUGAGAUUAAUCUGAUACAGACCUUUUUUCUUAAUUCAGAUAAAAAAAAAAACAACCUCAAUUCUGGUAUUGGUUAGAAUUCUCUGAAAUUCUGAAAUGACUUUUUUUUCAGUAUUCUGAUUUUGGGAGUCUGUUUUGUGGCCUUAUCCUGUUGCUGCUUACCGAAGGCUAACAUUUCUCCAUAAGCUAAAAUAACUUAAUGAUUUUUUUUUUUUCUUUAACUUUCCUACAAAGUUGCAAAAUGGCAUCUUUAAGCUUUAAAUAAUAACUUCAUAGAGCCUCCAUUCAAGAAAUGUAAGCUUUAGGAAGAUUCUUGCUUAAUCUGAACUGAUAUUUACCUCACAAACAUUUCAGAUUCAUUUCCAUUUUUUCAUACAGUCCUAAAUGUAAAUCACCCUAAUGUGUUUCCUAGCUUGGCCUUCUCAGACAUUUCAACAUCCUGCUGUCUGCAACUCGCUCCUCUACAUGUGCCACCAUGGAGUUGCCAGGCAACUAGCUGAGACGUUUAGGCCAAGUUACACAGUCAGAUUGGUUGAUUUUUGCUACAUUUGAUCCGAGCCCGUCUGGCUGUUUUUGGUUGGCUUCUUGCUUUAGGUCCGUUUUUUGUUGCUGUUUCCAAUCGUUCUCAUCAAAGUCUUACAUCCCAUUUGCAUUCCACAUGAAUGUUUUGUAGGCUUUGCACCUAUUCCGAAUCAUUCCCACAAAACGUAGCUUCCUGUUGACACCUGGAUCAUCUUAUUGUGCGUCACACGUGCUCAGACACUUUUCAUAGGAUUUCUGUGAAAGCGCUGUGGGAAAUGUUAAUUUGCACCUGGAGCUGAACUUCCCGCUGCAGCGAAGACGUCUUAUCGUCAGGAGUGUGUUGAAUAUCAGAGUGACGAUCCACACCAGCCUCUAUGAUUUGCUUAUUUCAAGAUGGCCCCUUUAUUACACGAUUGUUUUGCAAGUGAGCGCCUGAAAGAGACCCACUGGUUUAUAGCCGACAGUCUUCCUAUUAGCUAAAAAUAAUUUGAAGUAUGAGAAAGAUUCUGACCGGCCGCGUCACCGGAAUACAUUCAUGGAAAAGCUCAAAUAAAAUCACCGGUUUUAUUGGAAGUGUUUUCCUUUAUAUAAAAUAGUAUAAAUAAUAAUAAUAUAUUUAUUUUUUAAAUUCAUAAUACACAACUGAUGUUCGUUGCCAUUAAUAUCCAGUACUAGUCACUUUUUUUUUUUUUUUUUUUUUUGCUGUACUAGCUCAUUUAGAUGGGAUUUGAACACAAAUAAGAAACAUGGGGGAAAAAAAGAACCAGGCUGAAAUAGUAAAAGUAAGUUGUAAAUUAAAGCUUUUUUUUUAAGACAAAUAAGUAACUUAACUGGACUUAAAUAGCUAACUAAAGAAUUAUUUUGUUAGCUAGCAUGAGAGACUUAGUAACAGCAAUUUCAGCUAACUGCCGGAGUGAAUUCUUGCUUUAAAACUGUUUAUUUUGUUUAAAUAAUGUAAAGUCAUUACCAAAGCGAGUUAGAUUUAUGCAUAACUUUCUCCUGUGUACCCCUGAGAUACCUCGGAGCCUCCUGAUGAGGGCGGGGGUAGCACAGCGUUAACAAAGUGAUCAGAUAUUUGGGUAAUUAAUUAGCCCUGGCGAUGCCGUGCUCUGGGCCAGAAGUGGGUCUGCUUCCUGCGUCGUCUCCCAUCCAGAUGCAUGUUGUGUCCUGUUUUCUCUUUUUGAACGUGUGAAGUUUCAGAGCCCGUGUGAGCUGGGGUCUCCUCCCUUUCCGUUCCUUUUUGUUGUUCCGUGCCAGCGGCUACAGCUGCUGACUGCACCGUUUCUGCUUCUGCAGCCUUCCCUCCUCACAUCUUGUUUACCUGGCCGUUCUUCACUCUCCCUUGACUUCUCCUUACCGUCUUCGUUUUUGGGGCAUUUUCUCAUGAAUAGUCCUGGCAUCGGGGGAGCAUUCAGGUCUGUAACACCCAUGAAGGGCCGGAGGGCGGGAGAGGG